GCGUACGAGUUAUCUAUUAAAUUCAUAAACAAUGGAGGAAAGUCGAACACCUUCCCCUCAUCCUGAUGACUCCAAAUCGGGGAUUAAGAACAGUGAUUCCUUCCAAGAAAUGAUGCGGGCAAUCAAAACGGAACGAACCAAAGAAUCGCUGAUCGUUUCCACUGACGGAUUUGAAAUGAUGGAUGACUCCACAUCUUUCUGGACAGAUCUCUUUACUAAAUACUUUAUUGAUCCAUCAAGAGUUCCCGAUGACCAACGAGAUGACAUGUUGUUUUAUGUCAGAAAAACUCACAAUCCCAAAAACAAGUCAUUUACUUUCAGACCUGAAAUAGAGGUCUAUAGGCGAGACUCUAAGACCCUCCCAGCCCUGGAGGAUAAAACCAUUGAUUGGGAGGAAACAGUGUAUAUGAACAUCAUCUCACACCAGUUAGUUUACACUGCCACUUGUGCAGUUUGUACAAGGACAAGUGAACAGCAUCUUCAAAUCCUUAGAAAGUUUUCUCAGAGAGUUUACCCUUCUCCAAGUAAGAGAAGAAUGGAUGACAAGGGAACAGAGGAAGAACUCACAUAUCCAAACAUAUAUUUUACUGUAGAUAAUUUUGAAGAGGCCUUUGGAGAUAUAAUCGUAAGAGAUGGAGAGAUGGUUUGUGUAGAGUUAACAGCUACAGAUAGACAUGGCAGAGUACAAGGUGUAAUAUUCCUGGGCUCUGUCCGGUAUGAGGUGCUAAAGAAAGUGUACGAUGCUCGGCUGAGCUUGACCUCCAAAAUGAUGCAGACAAUGUCCCUGGGGAUGAUAAAACAGAACAAGCGGGUGGAGUUUGUCAGAAUGAGGGGACCCAAGAGUAAAGGUCACGCUGAGGUCGCAGUCAGUAGAGUACCAGGAUCAGGGCCAGAGACUCCUAACAAGGAAAACUUUAGGAUAGAGGAUUUCAACAAUGAACAGAGUCAGGAAGCCAAUGAGCAGAACCAGUACACACAUCGCAGGAUGAGUGAUCCUAGUGAGUCCUUCGGAUCUUUUGUACGAGGAGGGAUCCGUCGUCUGAGCUUGAAAAAAUCACGAUCAGAAACGGAGAACGUGAAUGCAGGAAUAGAAAAUUGCCAGGAAGUUGAGGCCACAACCUUACAGAAUGAACUUGAAAGGUCCACUCAUGCCAAUGGGUUCCUUGGUAAGGCUUUUGGACAAGCUUGGAUGCUGUUUAAGGAACAGAAGAGAGCCACCAGUGUGGCCCUGAAUGCUUACUUAACAUACGUCACCCUCCCCUGGCACUGGAUAAUAGCAGAUCUAAUUGAUGCUCAACAGAGGCCAGUGCUAACAUCUUGAUGAAUAAUUCAUUUACUGUGAAGCAAAGCUGUAUUUUAUGGCACUGGAAGAUUUGACUAAUUCAUGGAAGUUGGGUGAGAUCAAGCUCAGCACCCAUGGUGCUCACAAAUCUAGUCAGAAGUCUAGUCAAAAGGUGUAGGUUGUCUCUCUAACAUCAGCUUGUAUAUUAGAGUGUGCCGUAUAUACAUAAAAUGUAUGUAUAUUGGCAUUUUGAAUAGUUUAGUGAAAUGAUGUAUACUCAGGAUUCUCUGUGAGGGGAGUCUCAAAGAGUCAGAACAGCAGUGUACUGUAAAACAACUUUUAUUCGUGUUCAGGAAAUAUCUGCAAGUUUCGCAACCUUGCUUCAAUCACAAAUAUUUCUCACCACAAACUAUUUAUUUUAUUGUGUAUUUUUGUAGAAUAUUCCCUCAUUCACGAAAAUAAGACGUCAAGGAUAAAUCAGAAACUGACAGUUGCGAAUAAAAGUUAUCUUGAAUAAUAGUUGGUUUACAGUAUAUUACGUGACUCCAAGUAUUUAUAAGUAUAUAUGACCAUUCCAAUGCUCAAUUAGUGCAAUAUUUUUAGCAGCAUAUCGACUAUAUACAUAUACCAUGAAGUAGAAACUAGUUGAUAUAUUCUGUAUUCUUCAUAUUAUUUUGAUAUUUCUGAACUAAAUUAAGAAAGUAAUAAAAUAUAAUUUCUUAACUGAUUGCCUUGAAUGUACAUAUGAUUGUUGUACAUUUGUG